GCAGCAGAAGAAGCUGCCGCUAGCACUAAGCUAGCUACUGUAAACAAAGCUCGUCCACAAACACCUGAGAUCAAAGCUCGUCCACAAACACCUGAGAUCAAAGCGAGGAGAAAUGAAGGAAAAUAAACUUGAACUGAAACUGAGGUGAUUUACUUUGAAUGUGUUAUUCCUUUGAUCUGUGGAAACCAGCGGAGUUCACGCUCUGCUAGCAUUAGCUUAGCUCCAGCGUCAAACCUCAGAUCUGAGCGGGGCUCUGGUUCGUCUGUGUCCGGGUGUCGGUGCAGCCCCGCCGGUCAGUCAUGAGCCGGACGGCGGCCUGACGGGACCACGAUGGCCGCAGAGCUGUUCCCCGGGAAGAAGCUGCUCCCUCCGGCCUCCGUCAGUCACCUCCAGCGGCAGAACGAGACCAACAACAACCUCCACCCGGGAGCUGCGAGCUGCGGCACCUGGCAGGGCCUGUACCCGACCGUCCGGGAGAGAAACUCAGUGAUGUUCAACAAUGAGACGAUGGCAGACGUCCACUUCGUGGUCGGGCCGCCCGGGGGGACGCAGCGAGUCCCGGGACACAAGUACGUCCUGGCGGUGGGCAGCUCGGUGUUCCACGCCAUGUUCUACGGGGAACUGGCCGAGGAUCAGGAGGAGAUCCGGAUCCCUGACGUGGAGCCCCCGUCCUUCCUCGCCAUGAUGAAGUACAUCUACUGUGACGAGAUCGACCUCUGCGCCGACACGGUGCUUGCGACUCUCUACGCUGCCAAGAAGUACAUCGUGCCUCACCUGGCCCGGGCCUGCGUCAGCUUCCUGGAGACGAGCCUGAGCGCUAAGAACGCCUGCGUGCUGCUGUCCCAGAGCUGCCUGUUCGAGGAGCCCGACCUGACGCAGCGCUGCUGGGAGGUGAUCGACGCCCAGGCCGAGCUCGCGCUGCGCUCAGACGGCUUCUGUGACAUCGACUCUCAGACGCUGGAGAGCAUCCUGCGGCGGGAAACGCUCAACGCCAAAGAGAUGGUGGUGUUCGACGCGGCGCUGCACUGGGCCGAGGCCGAGUGCCAACGACAAGACCUGGCACCGACCAUCGAGAACAAGCGCCUGGUGCUGGGGAAGGCCAUCUACCUGAUCCGCAUUCCCACCAUGGCGCUGGAGGACUUCGCCAACGGAGCCGCCCAGUCCGACGUGCUCACGCUCAACGAGACCAACGACCUCUUCCUGUGGUUCACCGCCGCCAACAAGCCGGAACUCUUGUUCUGCACCAAACCUCGUAAAGGCCUGUCGUCCCAGCGCUGCCACCGCUUCCAGUCCUGCGCCUACCGGAGCAACCAGUGGCGCUACCGGGGCCGCUGCGACAGCAUCCAGUUCGCCGUGGACAAGCGCGUCUUCAUCGCUGGUUUCGGUUUGUACGGCUCCAGUUGCGGCUCGGCCGAGUACAGCGCCAAAAUCGAGCUGAAGCGCCAGGGCGUGCCGAUGGCCCAGAGGAUCAUCAAGUUCUUCUCUGACGGCUCCAGCAGCACCUUCACAGUCUGGUUCGAGUACCCGGUGCAGAUCGAGCCGGACACCUUCUACACCGCCAGCGUGGUGCUGGACGGCAACGAGCUCAGCUACUUCGGCCAGGAGGGCAUGACGGAGGUGCAGUGCGGCAAAGUGACCUUCCAGUUCCAGUGCUCGUCAGACAGCACCAACGGCACCGGAGUGCAGGGGGGGCAGAUCCCCGAGCUCAUCUUCUACGCCUGAGCCCGAGGAGCCAGAUCCCCGCGGAGGUUCCUGCUUCACUGCCACAAUGACUUUUAUUUUGAAGUUCUCAGGAAGCUGCUGAAGGGGGAGGGGGGGGGGGACUCCUUGUUUUACCACAGACACAAGGCGAGUCCGAUUGGUCCCAUUGCACCACAGUUGAAGUUUGAACCCUGUCUCUCAGAGAGGGGGGUUCUGGGUAACCUGCUGUUGCAGAGUCUAUCCACACACACACACACACACACACACACACACACACACACACACACCUCUCCACCAGUCUGACAGGUUUUCUGUGUGGUUGCUGUCGUCAGUGAAUCUUGACGAAUGUUUGUUCAGAUCAAAGUCGGUAAAUAAAGAUGGACGACACGACGGAUCCCAAGUGAAGCCAAAGUGCUCGCUCGCCCCCUGGUGGCUGGCUGCAGCACAGGUCAUAAACCUCCUCCUCCAUGUUAGCAGAAGGGACAGGGACCAAUCUCUCGUUUCAGGUCGCUCUUCUCUCCGGAGGUUGGUUCACGUGUUUCUGAUCAGAUUGGUUUAAAUCCGUUGUUUGAUGAUAUUAGAACAGGCGGAGACUCACGAUUGGCUGAGAGCCUGUGUAUGGGCGGCACCUUGAUGCCACAACUGUCAUCACCACAAGAUGGCAGCGUUUGUAUCUGAGAUAUUUCAGCUUCAAAUCUGGCAGAAGUUUAUUCAGAUUCUCAGUCAUAUGUUCAGUGUUGUCUCCAGGGGUCAUGUGACAUGUAAGGAACCAAUCAGAGCUGCAGAUGGUCAUUUUACCAUGGUGAUACGAGCUUCAUAAUAUCGUGAACACUGAUCAACAACAAGUGUUUGAUCUUUACACAACGUGAACUCUGGACGAGGAUGGGACCACACACACACACACACACAGACAUACACACACACUCAUAGCCACACACACACACACACACUCACACACCCACACACACACAGACACACUCACUCACACACGUUUGUGAUUCAGAUGAAAUAUUUUCAGUACAUUUUUCUUGUUGCUGAAGGAUUUUAAAAACGUGAAGCACUAAAAUCUCCUCACUGAAUUUUUCUUCAUGCUCUAUUUUAAAGCUGAAUAGAAGUUUUAUAUUUGUACUGUGAUGACUCAUCACACUCGCUCUGGUUCUGCUUCCUGUCUUAUGAAAACUGGUCAUUUUACCCAGAAUUCACCUGAACAUCGAUCUGUUUACACGUCAGCAAAUCAGAAAUGAUUCAUUUUAAAUGUCCUUUGUUUUAAUAAUGUAAUUAAGCAGAUAUUACUCAUCCUGUCUGUAAGUUUAACUCCUGUGCUUUUAUUUGUUCUUUGAUUUGUUCUUUACUUUGUUUUGGGAGUUUGGUUGAUUCCUGAAGCUCCGCCCAUCUCCUUGAAAACUGAGGAAAAACUGUUUUCAUGAGAAAAUACUUUUUAUUUUUACUCUUUGUUUCCUGUCAUUUGAUUCCAACCUGAAUGUGCAGCAAGUCGUGGCCUUAUGAACAGAAACAUCUGGAAAUAAAAGAUUCAUUUGA